UCCUCAUAUUCUAUACUUUUUCUUAGCCCCUAAGCCUUCUCUUCUUCAUCUUCUUCAUAUUCUAUACUUUCCACAUUCUGCCGCAUAAUCAAGACCCAGAACAAAGCCCAUCUGUCCUUCAAUGGCAGAUAAUGAAACUUACAUUCCCAAACCAAAAAAGUUAAGCUUAGAAGUCUCAGCAAACCAUGCAAAUGCAAGUAAGUAUUUUCGUCAUUUUCUCUACAAAGCCAUCAUUGUCACUAUUUUCUUGGUUAUAGUUCCACUUCUUCCUUCACAAGCUCCUGAAUUUAUUAACCAAAAUCUGCACUCUAGAAGUUGGGAGCUUCUUCAGCUUAUCUUUGUAGGUAUCGCUGUUUCUUAUGGCCUCUUUAGCAAGAGAAAUGAUGAAUCAGACAAGGAAUAUAAUAGCAUCUCUAAAUUUGAUAAUGCACAGUCCUACGUAACUAGACUUCUUCAGGUUUCGUCAGUUUUUGAUGAUGAGACCGAAAGCACUGCAGUUUCUGAUGAUAACAAGAUUCAAACUUGGAAUUCGCAGUACCAAAGGGGGGAACCAGUGGUUGUAGUAGCCAAAGAAAGCCCUCUUCUUGGAAAACGGAAUGGUACUGCAUCAAGAAUUGAUGAAAAGCCUUUACUUUUGCCCGUACGAAGCUUGAAAUCUCGCGUUGCUGAGCCGAAUGAGAUGGAAACAUCGCGAGAAUCUAGCGUUAAAUAUGGUUCUAUUAGCAGGUCUAAUCCAAAUUCAGGUUCAAAGAGAUUUUCAAGCAAUUCAAGAAAAUCAAGAAAUAGUGAAUUUGCAGGACUAGGCCCUGUAAAAGUUGAGGAAAACAUGGAGGAAAAUGUUGUGCUUCGUUCACCAAUUCCGUGGAGAUCAAGGUCAGGAAGGAUUGUAAUGAAGGAAGAUGAGGAGGGCCUUCCUUCAUACUCUCUCCCUCCUUCAUUGGAGGAUUCUGAGGUGAAGAAGUUCGAAUCACGGUCUACUAGGUCUCAAUCAUUUCGUUCAUCUAGACCUGAUUCAGCUUGUCCUUCACCGAAUAAGCCCUCUCCACCGCCAACACCACAUUCACCGAAAAAUCUGUCUCCCUUAACUUCUUUUUCAUCUGAAUCUCAAGCAAAGAGCGUGGAAGAUGUGGUGAGGAGAAAGAUCCAUGUCAAGUCCUCACCUCCACCUGCUCCCCCGCCGCCGCCUCCACCAUUUAUUCUUAGAGCUCCGUUAGAGAAAUCAAAUUCUAGUCUCGUAAACGGUAAUCAUUUUUCUGAGGAGGAGCUGAAACGUAGUACCAGGAGUGUGCCAAAUGACUUGACCGAGACUGAAAUGGAGGGCCUGUCUCGGAGAGCAAAUUCAGGGCCAGAGUUGGGGCCUAGAGCUCAAAAUGAUGUUGCAUCGAUGGUGAAGUCUGUUCGAACAAUUAGAUCAGGCGAACCAGUCAUGAGAUCUGUCGAAUCCAGGGAAUUUGAUGAGGAUUUCACGAAUGGAAAUGCCAGGGAAAUUGAAGCAACCUUCAUUGAGAAAAGAGGAUUCAGUGAUAAACUGAUGCAUGAGGCUGCCCCUCAUUUUUCGAGGCAGGUUUUUACUGAGUUGCCAAAGGCAGAGAAGAAAGAGUACAUCGAAAAUGUGGUCGUGGAAACUGAUCAGAGCUCAGAUGCUGAAAGUGAAGGUGAUUAUUUUGAAGAAAGCGUGGGAAAUGAAGUACAUGCGAAUGAGAAUGCUACUGAUGAGGGACGUGAUGUUAAUAAGAAGGCUGAUGAGUUCAUAGCCAAAUUUAGAGAGCAAAUAAGGCUUCAAAGAAUAGAGUCAAUAAGGAGAUCCACUGAGCAGCAUGCAAGAAAACAAUCCCGGUAACAAGGAAGCUGCAGCAUGAGAUUGAAUUGCCAAAACUUCCCUUGUAUUCUGUUUCAUGUUUUCGUUUCACUUGGCAUGUGAAUUUUUCUCCUCUUUCUUUUUCCCUGAAUAUUUCUGUUUUCACCCAUGUAUAUGGGCAUCAAUAUAGAGAAAUUUUAAGUUA